UUGGGAAUACAUAACAUCUGUUACGGACCGGAAGUAAGGAGACCUGGAUCCAUUACUAUCCAAAGGAAGGAGACCAGGGGCACUAAGCCGGAGCAUAUGAAGUUUUCAGCAUUUGGAAAGCUUGGAAGAUUCCAGGACCAACUUAGAAUGGUGAACCACUCUGGACGUCGGAAAAACAAUAGUGCACUGGCUAUCAUUGCAGAACUCGGAUCUGAAAGCAAUGCUCAUGGGCUGGCAAAAAUAGCAACAUCAACAAAAACAAAGAGAAAAGUCAUGUGGGCUUUACUUGUAAUUGUGGGAUUUACGGCGGCCACUCUUCAACUAUCCUUACUUGUACGGAAAUAUCUUUUGUUCAACGUUGUGGAAGUAUCAGAAAUGAAGGAUGGAAUGCCGGUUGAAUUUCCAUCAGUGACAAUAUGUAACACACAUGCAAUGUCUUUGACAAAAUUGAAAGAACGAUUUGGAAAAAUUCAAGAUUACGGAGAUUGGUUUUCAUUUAUCGAUAGAGUGUCGUUUGGUGAGCAACAAACACGCGUAGAAUCAACACAAGGUUUCUACGAGAACAUGAUGUCCGAGGCAACCAUUAUUGGGCAUGACAUUAAUGAAAUCCUUGUUCACUGUCAAUUCAAUCAGAAGAACUGUUCCGCAGCAAAUUUCACGAAACAUUUUGAUGGGAAAAAUUAUUUCAAUUGUUACACUUUCAACAGUGCUCAAGACCAGGAUCCCAACAAUAAAAUACUUAUGCAUGCAACUGGGCCACAAAAUGGUCUUUCAAUGGUUAUUUCCCUUGAUAAUGAUGACCCGCCACUAGGUGCCUUCGGUCUGUACAAUAUUCAUGACAACAUUGCCCACAGUGCUGGUAUACGGGUCCAAGUCCAUGCCCCAAACACCAUGCCAAGUCCGGUUGACCACGGAUUUGAUGUCCCACCUGGAUUUUCAUCUUCGGUUGGAUUAAAAGCUGUUAUGCAUUCGCGUCUUUCAUCGCCGCAUGGAAACUGUACCAUGGACAUGUUAAAGGGGAUCAAAAGCUACAGAAAUACAAUCUUUUCCUGUCUCUUGCUGUGCAAACAACAAAUUGUGAUCAAGACAUGCAAUUGUAAAUCGUCCGGUCUCCCUGAUACACAGGAUGGGCUGAAUUAUACAUACUGUGGUACGAUUCACAACUGGCAAGGACGUUACCAGAACCUUAGUCAGUUACCUCUACAUGAAAAGGUAAAUUAUAACUUGGAAAUGUUGAAAUGCGAGGAAGAAACUUUAAACAAACUGGCAAAUGAUAGAUCUUAUGAACGAGGAUGCAAGUGUUAUCAACCAUGUUCGGAAACCUCUUAUCAAAAGUCACUGUCACUUUCUUAUUGGCCUCUGGAGUUUUACCAGUUGGAUGCAUUGGAGAAAUUCUAUAAUGACCGAAUCAAUAAAACAUUUAUGCACGAAGCAUAUGAAUAUCUGCAGGAACAUAUUGAAAAAUAUUUUAGUCUGUUUCAAAAUAUGACAGAAGAGAAUCGAAAUAAAUUAGUAAAUACAGAUAUAUCACUGGAAGAACGUCAAAAAAUUCUCCGGGCCACAGAAUUGAUACACCAGAAUCUGCUCCGUCUUAACAUCUAUCUUGAGGAUCUUAGUGUGGUAGAAUUCAAACAGAUGCCCGCGUAUGAACUCGCCGAUUUAUUUGCGGAUAUUGGCGGAACACUGGGUCUGUGGAUGGGAAUUUCUGUACUGACUAUCAUGGAACUCAUGGAACUAGUAGUAAGACUGAUUAUGCUCUUGUUCAAUGCUGAAAACAAGAUGCCAGAUCAUAUGGAUCCAGUGACCAAUGGUAUGUUAGAUCACACGGACAACUACCCUGAUGCUUAUCAAAAGACCGACUUCGAUGGAUUUGACAGAAAUGAAUAUGGCCAGUCGGAAGGGUUUGAGAGAAGUGAUUACAGAAGUCGAUCAGAAGGUUUUGAGCGAAAUGAUUACGGGCGGCCAAUGCGGGACAACUCACAUGAUCUACCUAUAUGAUGGACACAGGUUUUAUCUUGUGUUGUUAUUUCCUCAGCAGGUAAUGACCAAUUGUAACUGAUUGGUCAGUCAGCUGAAGCAAGCGGCAGUGCCUCAUCCAAUCAAGAUUGAUUGUACUGAUAGCACAGUUGGACACAAGAGUGGCCCAUGUCUGUGAUAAUACUUGGUAUUUGACAUGGCAUAUUUCCCAUUCAAUGGAAUGUGCACCUGCCAGUCCAACUUGUCUGCUAGCAUGACAGUGUUAGAACAUAAAAGUACCAUCAUGUUUACAGGCAGUGGACACCACUGAUCAAAACAACGCCUUACCAUGUUGUUCUGUCAAAGUCAACGAAACUAAAAGUCAAAUGGAUCAUCUAUGGCAAUAACUACAGAAACAACAAACAUAUAAUCAUACUCGUUAAUCAACUUUCUGUGGAUUUACUUGUGUAUUUUACUCCCAUCAUAUUGCUUCAUUUGGUAAAGAAAAUGGUAACCAUACCUUAGUCACACAUUUGAAACAUCACAGUAUACAUAAAUUGAUUAUCAUUAUAAUAGUGUAAAGCAGAUGUCACCAUGGUUAUAUACAAAAUGUUUGUCAUGAUGACAGUGCUGAAUAAUUGUCGUCUUGGAUAUAAAAAAUGGAUAACCAUGGCAACAGUGCAAAACAGUUGUCACCAUGGAUAUACAAAAUGGAAUACCAUGGCAACAGUGCAAAACAGUUGUCACCAUGGAUAUACAAAAUGGAUUACCAUGGCAACAGUGCAAAACAGUUGUCACCAUGGAUAUACAAAAUGGAUUACCAUGGCAACAGUGUAAAAUAAAAUUGUCAUUUGGGAUAUAUAACAUGGUUUACAAUGGGAAAAGUGUAAAAUAGUUGUCACCUGGGAUAUACAAGUACAUAUAUAUAUAUAUUAUGGUUUAGGGUAUCCAGAGUGUUCAAUACUUGUUACCUAGGAUGUGAUAAAUUUCUAUGGUAAGGGGCAACUAUCAUCUUGGCUAUGAUAGUAACAGUCACACAGUUGUCACCAAAUGGAUGCAUACUUUGCUCUGUAUCAUUGUCGUCUUAAAUAUAUUUAAGAUGAAUUUGAAGUGUCAUACAAUAUCUCAGGCUUUAUCUAAAACAACAACAAUGACAAAUAUGUCAUUAUUUUUUCAUUCAUUUGGAUUUACAAAAAUUGAUUCCAUGGCAACAGAGUAACCAAAGUGCUAUAUCCACUAUAUAAUAUUUUGUCAACAGACUAUUACCGAAACAAGUGGUAGUGAGGAUUAACUUUUUCUUGACAAAUGAUUAAACAGAUUUCAGAUAUAGACAUACACCAACUAGCAAUCUUAUAAACAUUACCAAAGUCAUUGUGUAUAUGAAGAAUAGUAUCAUUUUGAGUGAAUGGUGUGAUUUAGAAUUUUAGUUAUUGUGUUGAAAUGUGAGAUACUCUUUUGCAGAAUAAUUCUCUUUGUCUUUCAUAUCACUUCAUCAUGAAUUCAUUCUGAGCUUUAAACACAUUACUUCCUUCACAUGUGACAUCAGAGAUAUGGCAUAGUAAAAAAAAGAUAUAAGAUAACAUUUAUGUCCAGUAACACGAGAUGUCUGACCAACAUCAUCAUAAAAAUCUAGUAAGAUGUAAGCUGUCAGAACUACAUCAUCAUUAAGAUAAAAAAAGGACAUAAGAUAUCUGAUCUACAUCAUCAUUAACACCAAUUAAGAUGUGAGAAAUCAGACAUAUGCCAUUAAUAGAAUAAAGUAAGAGAUAUUACAAAUAAUAUCUAAGGAUGAAAAUUUCAUCCAUCAAUUCACACCUACAGUGUUUGUUACAUCUAGCUGGUCAUAAGAUACAUAGAUAUCAGUGUUUAUGAUAUCACAACAUAUACAUGACUUUUAACCUCAAGUCAGUCUUUUUAAUUAUAAUGAAACUUAAUAUAACAGACUGACCUUGACCUCUCGUCACUCAGACUGACCUUUGACCUCUCGUCACUCAGACUGACCAUUGACAUUUAAACUUACCUUUGACUUUCAGUCAAUUGAAUACAAGUGCUAUUGUUACAGACUGACCUUUAACUGAUCUCCAGUGGCUUAGAUUGACCUUUGACCUUCAGUCAAUUAGAAUGAACUUUGACCCUCAGACACUUAAAUACACCUUUGACCUUCAGUCAAUGAAAUCUAAAUGCUUACUGUUGCAGACUGACCUUUAACCUCUAGUUGCUCAUACUGGAAUUUAUCUUCCAGUCAUUCAGACAGAAAAAAAAUAUUCAGUCAUUUGAAUGCUUCUUUUGCUGACUGACUUCAUUUAUAUUUUAAGAUAAAAACAAAAAAGUGAAUUUUGACCAGUAUGGUGAAAGGUUUGACAGCAAUUCACUAAAGGAAUGGAAUUCAAACCAUUUCUUAAAACUUAGUUAAGGUCACAAACAACAUAAUCAAUGACUCUAUUGGAAAACAUGAGCUAUCAAAUAUAUAGUUAAAAUUAUUCAAGCUUUCACUUUACCAAUUGAAAUGUUGGCUCAAAAUAAGUUUUUCUUAAGCUGUAAUAUGGAAACGAAACUUUGGAAUAUUUGUUGAAACUGGAAAAAUUUAGAUCAAAGUUCAUCGCUAUUUACAUUUAUACAAUGUGAUUCUAUAGACUUGUAGGUGUCAUUAAAGAGAUUGAAGAAUGGA